AUGACUGGCAGCAUCCAGGGUUCUGCAAUUGACGAUGGGUUCGAAACUCUCACCAACCCACCGGACGCCUGGGUUACUGGUCGCUACGCGAUACCGCCUCCAGUCGACUAUCAGCAUUAUGUCGAGCCUGGAGAUGCGCGCAGCGCUGUUGACGACCGGUGCUUUACCGAAUACGGAGCGGUUGAACAUGCCCAUCAUGUCAACAAGACGAUUAAGCCAGCAAAACCCGAACAGAAGCGCCACCGAUCUCGCCAGAUAUCAACCAAGUCGGCGUCUCAUGGCAAGCGCCGCCCUUCGCCUUCCUUCCGCAUCCGUAGCAAAGACGGUGACAGUGUUGUUGUGAGCAAUCCCUUCGUGUUGCGCAAGCCAUCUCGCUCUCAGCCUCGCCCAGAAUCAGAGCAGUCCUCCCAAACAGACGAUCAAAGUCAACACUCUUCGACAACAAUCUCUCGCUCUCGCGCCUUCCAGAUCCGCAUCAGAGGCAAGAAUGGUGAGGAAGCUAUACAUGAAAUCAAGAGGCCAUUGCACUUCGCUUCCCAGUCACAAGGAACGACGCUUGUUGGAGAUGAGUCGGGUCGCGAAGAUGUGAAAUAUUGGUCUGCCAAUCAAUCGUCCUCUAGUCACAAACGCGACCAGAAGCACAACUCCAAAUGUAUGCACCAUCCAAUACGACCCCAUGAGCACAGCACUGAUAAGCCACCUAUAGCAGGACUCGCAACUUUUACCGACUUCGUUGUGGACUUGACCACAGUGGCCUCAUCAAUGGCUGGGAGCACCGUCAGAAUGUCCGGAGCUCUCCCAAAUCCUUCUCCUGCCCCCACCACAGAUACAUCAAGAUCGCGUCUGCUGCCUCCGGAGAGGCCCGCCAGCUCUAUGCAUGAUUCGGUCAUGUCUGUCAGCAGGUAUCCAAGUAAGAGUCCAUCUCGCUCUAUCUCUGACCAUUCCAAGGUCUCAUCAUCAAAGCGCUCAGCCCGUGCUUCUUCACACAAUGAGAUUAUUGUAGUUCCAGAUGAAUCCUUGGAUGGUUCAGUGACAACUCCGUUCACAUCCCUCUCGACUCAUUGCAUUGUAUCAUCCCGGCCCUUAUCUCCAAGUUCAAUUGCCGAGCCCGAAGCAAACGAUGCAGCUAGCAUCUCCGAUCUCAUCACGUCCCAAGGCUCUUCCAACAAGAUCGUCGACAAGAAAUCAUUCAGCGCAUCGUCCGCCCCUCCGUCAGCAUCUUCUCGCAUGUCUUCGAAACGUGUCGUCACUUUAGCUGAGUCCUCAGUGCAGGCACAGGAAGUUCUGGACGACUCACGACCUGCUACCGUGUCACUCAGCAAGCAUAGAGAGAAGAAGCAGGAGGCGUAUUACAACUGGAAGGUUCCAAAAGACUCUUUGUAUUCGAUCUCGACAAAAGACUCAAAGCCUUCAGUUCACCGUCAAGAGUCGAUUGCUCGAGAAAAACUGAGUCGNCUCUCAUUCAGAAAUACCAGUCACUCUGGUGGCGUCACACAGCACAAUGCAGACGCAGCAAGCUGUACAUCAUCCCUGACCCGCCCUGAAGCUCGACAAGCAUUACCUCAAGGAUAUCAACCACCUCCACGCUCGCUAUCAACACAAUCAUCCAGCGCCAGAGAGACCACUGUUGGCUGGAUGCAGGAGACGGCUCACUGUGUACCACUGCCUUCAUCACGCUUGGCUUCGUCCGAACCGAAGACAAGACGAUCAUCAUCAACCUCUAAUCGACAGUCUACUCGCGUGGCAUCACAAAAGUCGGUACAAGACGACCAAGCCUGGAACAAGCCUCUUUCGGCCGCAGCAGCCUCUGGGUGGACGACUAGCAAGCACUCUGGACGCUCCUCCACUGACCGAAUGGGCCAAGAAGCUGGCGCAUGGGAUGAAGCUCCAGCAUGGGAAGAACCGAUUGCCUCGUCAGAUCGCUCGAAGACAUCACGAACAUCGAAAUCAUAUCGAAGCCAAUCACACAAAUCUAUAUCUUCUCACCAUAGUGCCUUCGAAACCACCGAAGAAGCAGACAACGAGCAAGCAUCAUGGGCCGGACAUGAGGAAGGCUCCAAGAGAUCGUCCAGGUCAACACCACCAAUCAACAUCGGAGAGGACUUACUCUAUUACCUCCCUCCACUCUCUGAUAACGAACGACUACCACCACCGAUGCCGAUGCUUACUACCAUCUACGAAGUAUCAGAACCUGCGCCGUCGAACCAUUCACCAAGCAUGUUUACACAGGAAACUACACACUUCGCAAGACCAGGCGCAAUAUCACCUCAUCCCUUGAGCUCUGUUUCUUCAGCAGCAACAGCACGAAAGCCACCAACCAUUGAACUGCACCAACUCGAGUAUCAGAAGCCAUAUGUGGAAAGCAAGUCAAGCUCAAGUGCCUCUUCGGGUGCACAUGAUAAUAGUCGUCUUAGCAGUCGAAGCUCAAGACCGAGUAUGUUGGAGGAACGAGCACAUCACUCGUCAAAAGAAGCCGAUCGUAGCCGUGGCAGUAGAGAAGAAGUAUCAGGAAGUGCACAGUCGUCAAGGAAAAGCCCUGCUCCAACAAAGGCGUCAGGCGGAGGAUGGAAAUUUUGGUAA